GUGAAAAGGUCUUCAGGAUGUUUAUGAAGGAGCCAACAAAUGCAAGAAACGAGUAUGAAAUCCUUUGGUGACAAUGACCAUGCUCGCGCAUUGCUUCGUUUUACUUAUUGUUUUGUUUGUCAUACAUGCUUAUUUGAUUUAUUGUGUGUAAUCUUUCUUUUGCAGCAACUGGAUAAUCAGCACACAACCAAAAUAUAUGGAGCUCACGGCAGAUCAAAUCAGGAUGAACCUUUCAGAAGGUGGUGUCAUAGAAAAUGACUUUAUGAUUAUGGCAGUGAGGAGGUACCAGCAAAUGGACUUUGCUUUUGCAUUCGAUAAAGGUGAAGGGUGCUGGCGACAUUGGAUUGAACCAGACUUUGUGAACCAUGUGAGUAGAGGAGAUGUGAUAACAAGCAUUAGGUACAUUCAGGACAUGUUCAUCGGGGAACAUAUAAAGUAUGACGUCCACAGGUGCACAGAGUUCAUACUACCGGUGAAGUUUAACUUCUCAUGGUCAACGUACAUAUGGGGUUUCUUAAAGAGGAGGAUCAUUGUUCUUGACCCAACAAUGAACAAUGGAGACGAGCCUGACAAAGUCAUCCAAAGCAGACACAUAAAGGUUGCAGAUAGCCUUCACCAUUCAUUACAAAAAUGCAUUCACUCUUUCUUUCAAGGUUGGGAUCCUGACAUGAAACGAUGGAAUACGGUGUUCCCGAAGGGACUAAAUGUUGGGCUCUGCAGCAGGUCAGACAGCGGAGUUUACGCACUGCACUAUGGGCGCAAUUGGAUGGGUAGUAAACUAAAGAGAGAAUUAAACACGGUUCGUUUGUUGCUUUAUCAGAUAUUGUGUAUGUUUUCCUUCACAUAAUGUGGAUAUGUGA